AUGGCAGCCGGCGCAUGGAUAAAAUCUGCCAGCUUCUGUAGUACUAGUAUAAACUCAAAAGAACCACUACAAUACUUCUUGUAUUGUGGUGCCUGUAAAUUCUACCUCCACGUUGCUUGCUCACUUGCUUUUAUUCACCGCCCGAAAUUGCUUUCUAACAAAUACCAGAUCCAACAUUUCCUUCAUCAUCCUCACAACAGUAAUCAUUGUUUGUCUCCUAGUCUUAGAUAUUUCCGAAGCAAUGACUCCUGUAACGGAUGUGGGGAAAAAUAUUGGGAAGUCUGUUUCGUUUUUGAAUGCAUUGCCUGUGACAACUUCUCUCUCCAUGUGCGAUGUUCUCGGCUUCCAAAACUGAUAACCCACUCUUCUCAUCCUCAACACCGGCUCACCCUAAUCGUUCCUAAUUCCAACACACUAGGACACUGCCAUGGGUGUCGGAGCAGCAAUCAGGAUAAAUUUGUUUUCCACUGUGCUCAGUGUUGUUUCAGUAUUGACAUUCCAUGUUCUUACCUAAAGCCUAAUAUGAUACCCAACCGCCACCACCAUCCACUUUUGCAUUUUGAGAAGAUACAUUUGAAUGAUGUUCACUGCUCAGCCUGUAACACGCCCUGCAUUGAAGACUCGUUCCGGUGUGUACCCUGCAACUACAAUGUACACCCUCAAUGUAUCCCCUUGCCUAGUGUUGUUGACUACUAUGACCAUAUUCAUCCCCUCACUCUUACCCCUUCAUUCAGAGAAGACGAUAGUGGUGAUUAUUUCUGUGAUAUUUGUGAAGAAAGAAGAGAUCCAGAUCACGGUGUUUAUUUAUGUAAAGAAUGUCCCUCUGCUCCCUUCGUUUCUCAUAUUCAAUGCGCUCUUACUAAUGAUUAUCCAUGGACGGCCUCCGCUCCCUUCGUUGCUCAUAUUCAAUGUGCUCUUACUAAUGAUUAUCUAUGGACGUGGGAGGCAUCGUCUACUGGAAAGCUAGGAUAUGACUUGGACACAUCACACAGAGAGAUUGAGGGUACUAAAGCUGCAGAUGAUUCAAAUAUUGCAGAGGAAACCAUCUAUCGUCAAUGGCAUGAGGAGAUCGCAAAACUAGAUAGAACGGAGGACAUUAGAGAAUGCCAUGGAUGUUUGCUUCUACUCCAAGGUGAAACAUACGGUUACUGUUGCAGACAGGGAUGCGAGUAUGGCCUACACGAGGAAUGUGCUGCAUUGAUAGAACACCCCCAGGUACACCACCCGCUACACCCACAACACCCUCUUAAUCUACACUUUGACAUUAUUCCUAAUCACAAAACCAAGUUUAAAUGCAGCUUCUGUCGGAAAACCAAAGAAUCAGACUUAUACUACCACUGUAGUCGCUGUGAUUUCUAUCUCGACAUCGUUUGCUUAAAUGGUUUUAUGAGUUAUCCCAAACUGCUUUAUAAGUACGAGAUUUGUCAUUUCUCUCAUAUUCAAAGUAUGGUGGUAUAUGUUCCAUUACAAAGAAACCAUCGUUUGUCACCUUAUAUGGGUAACACCAACCACUAUUGUCAUGGAUGUGGGCUGAAAAAUACUGAAGAUACACCCAUCUUCAAAUGCACAGCAUGUUCCUUCUGUCUCCAUGUACAAUGUUCUCAAGUCCCAUAUGAGACUCAACACCACCAUUUUCAUCCCCAACACAAGCUCAUCCUUAAUCUUAAUCAUAACUCAUCCCGUGUUGAAUUGCGCUGCUAUGGAUGUAGAAACUGGAUUAAGGAUUCCUUUUUCCUACAAUGUUCUGACUCAUCAGCUUGUCCUGAUUUUAUUCUUGACCUUGAAUGUUUUUUCCGAAAGCCUAAUACGAUACCCAACCGCCACCACCACCCUCUUGUGCAUUUUAAACAUAUAUACCACAAUGAUGUUCUCUGCUUAGUCUGUAAUACCCCCUGCAAAAAAGACUCAUUCCGGUGUGUACCCUGCAACUACAAUAUACACCCUCAAUGUAUACCCUUGCCUAGUACUGUAGACUACUAUGACCAUAUUCAUCCUCUUACUCUUACCCCUUCAUUCAUAGAAGAUGAUAGUGGUCAUUAUUUCUGUGAUAUUUGUGAAAAAAGAAGAGAUCCAAAUCACGGUGUUUAUUUAUGUAAAGAAUGUCCCUUCAUUGCUCAUUUUCAAUGCGCUCUUUCUAACGAUCAUCAAUUGAUGUUCGAGGCAUUCUCUUCUCAAAAUCUAGAAGAUGGUUCAAACAAAUCACAAGGAGAGAUUAAAGGGAGAGAAGACAACUCAGAUGCAGUAAAAACCAACAUGUUUGGUCAAUUGCGCAGGGAGAUUGAAGAACUCGAAAAGGUGGUAGAAGGAAUAAUUCACAACAAAAGACAUGGGAUACAGCUGACAGAAAAACUCAAAGAACUUGAUGAGAGGCAGGCAAACACAAAGCGCAUACUAAAACAAGUUAAGCAAAAUUUUUCUGGUAACUAA